AUGCAAAGAAAAGGUAGAACAAAAAGGCUUAAUAACAUUACACACCUUUCAUUAAAACAAUUACCAAACACCAAACACUCUCCUUUUCUCCACCUCCGGUAAACCCUAACUUUCCGGCCACCGCAACAACUUUCUCCGGCGAACAAACAUGUACAAGAAUCAACUACAAGAGCUAGCACAGAGAAGCUGCUUCAACCUCCCAUCCUACACCUGCAUCCGAGAAGGUCCAGACCACGCGCCGCGGUUCAAAGCCGUCGUUAACUUCAACGGCGACUCCUUCGAAAGCCCUAACUAUUUUUCUACUCUCCGGCAGGCGGAGCAUGCCGCUGCUGAGGUCGCUCUCUCCUCCCUCUCGUCUCACUCUCUCGCCGCUCGGAUCCUUGAUGAAACCGGGGUGUAUAAGAAUCUUUUACAAGAAAUUUCACAAAGAGUUGGCGCGCCAUUGCCGCGUUAUACAACUUAUAGAUCUGGACUCGGUCAUCUACCGGUUUUUACGGGUAUAGUAGAAUUGGCGGGGAUCACUUUCACUGGUGAACCGGCUAAAAAUAAAAAACAAGCAGAAAAAAAUGCUGCCAUGUCAGCUUGGUCUUCUCUCAAACAAUUGGCUAAACAAGAUGCAAGUUCAUCUAGUGAACCCGAAAACAACGACGAGCAAGAACAAAUUAGAAUUGCAAGAGCUCUUUUGAAUUACAAAUUAAAACAGAAAACCGGAAACAAAACGGUUAGCUACAACGAUCUCCCGGUUCCGUUUCAGAGAAAGUUCACAACACCGGCACCACGACCACAGAGCCCGCAAAGACCACCACUGACCGCAUCUAAAAUACUCCCAUUAAUCUACCAGGCCCGCCCCGUUUCUCCUGGACCACGUGACCCGUCACCAUCAGCAGCUACAGUAGCCGCAGCACCGUCAUCGGUACGUCAAAACCGACCCAUCAACCCGCAUUUCUCGCCGUACGUCCCGGUUCGUCAUUACCGGGCACCACACCACGGGCUUGCGCCUCCAGUCACAAUGAGGACAGCGGUGCCGGUUUUCUCAGCGCCGCCUAUGCCGCCAGCUCAUAGGCCUGUAAAGAUCGCACCGCCCAUCUGUGUAAGGCAAGCCGUGCCGGUCUUUUCAGCUCCACCGGUUAAGAAAGAAGAGGCGUUAAAGUUAAACGAAUCUGACGCGAUUAAAUGCUUACAAAAUCUCAAAUUAUGAUGAGGUUAAGGUUACUCUGGUCAUUUCUGAUCCAAUGUUGUUAAAUGGCAUAUGUUUUACUUUCAGUUUGAAACUAAUGUAAAAACAGUUGGUCUUGCCAGUUAAGAUAGCUCCAGGUGUAUCAAAUUUUGAUAAUGUGAGUGUAGCUGUCACUAUUAUGUUUAUUGUUAAUGUGAUAUUUGUAAAAAA